CUCCUUCACACUUAUCACGCCACCUCACCCCCUCACCUCUCUCCUCCCUCUUCUCUCUCUCCCCCCGCCUGGAGAGAUGGAUCUUCGACGGAGGCCUCCUAAACCACCGGUUAACUCCAAUCCCAACGGUUCUUCUUACCCUUCCUCUUAUCAACCCCGCUCUUCCGACGACGAUCACCGUCUCCGUACCGCAUCAAUUGCUCCUCCUCCCAAAGCCUCCGAUGCGCUUCCCCUUCCUCUCUAUCUCACCAACGCCGUCUUCUUCACGCUCUUCUUCUCCGUCGCUUAUUAUCUCCUCCACCGGUGGCGUGACAAGAUCCGUUACAACACGCCUCUCCACGUCGUCACUAUCACCGAGCUCGGUGCCAUUAUUGCUCUCAUCGCUUCUUUCAUCUAUCUCUUAGGGUUUUUCGGUAUUGACUUUGUUCAGUCCUUUAUCUCCCGCGCUUCUGGCGAUGCUUGGGAUCUCGCCGAUACCAUCGAUGAAGACGACCACCGCCUCGUCACCUGCUCUCCGCCGACUCCGAUCGUUUCCGUCACCAAAUUGCCUAUUCCGGAACCUAUUGUUACCGAAGCGCUUCCUGAGGAAGACGAGGAGGUUGUGAAAUCUGUUCUCGACGGUGUGAUCCCGUCUUACUCGCUCGAAUCUCGUCUCGGAGAUUGCAAAAGAGCUGCGUCGAUUAGGCGUGAGGCGUUACAGAGAGUCACCGGGAGAUCUUUGGAAGGAUUACCGUUGGAUGGAUUUGAUUAUGAAUCGAUAUUGGGGCAAUGCUGUGAGAUGCCUGUUGGAUAUAUUCAGAUUCCUGUGGGGAUUGCUGGACCUUUGUUGCUUGAUGGUUUUGAGUACUCUGUUCCUAUGGCUACCACCGAAGGAUGUUUGGUUGCUAGCACUAACAGAGGCUGCAAGGCUAUGUAUAUCUCUGGCGGAGCCACCAGUACGGUUCUUAAGGAUGGGAUGACUCGAGCGCCCGUGGUUCGGUUCGCUUCCGCCAGACGAGCUUCGGAGCUUAAGUUUUUCUUGGAGAAUCCUGAGAACUUCGACACUUUGGCCGUUGUAUUCAACAGAUCGAGUAGAUUUGCAAGAUUGCAAAAUGUUAAAUGCACGAUCGCGGGGAAGAAUGCAUAUGUAAGGUUCAGUUGUAGCACUGGUGAUGCCAUGGGGAUGAAUAUGGUUUCCAAAGGUGUGCAGAAUGUUCUGGAAUACCUUACCGAUGAUUUUCCUGACAUGGAUGUCAUUGGAAUCUCUGGUAACUACUGUUCGGACAAGAAACCUGCUGCUGUUAACUGGAUUGAGGGACGUGGCAAAUCAGUUGUUUGUGAGGCAGUAAUCAGAGGAGAGAUCGUGAACAAGGUGUUAAAAACAAGUGUGGCUGCCUUGGUCGAGCUCAAUAUGCUCAAGAACUUAGCUGGCUCUGCUGUUGCAGGCUCUCUAGGGGGAUUCAACGCUCACGCCAGCAACAUAGUUUCUGCUGUAUUCAUAGCCACCGGCCAGGAUCCAGCUCAAAACGUGGAGAGCUCUCAAUGCAUCACCAUGAUGGAAGCUAUCAACGACGGCAAAGAUAUCCAUAUCUCAGUCACUAUGCCAUCUAUCGAGGUGGGGACAGUGGGAGGAGGAACACAGCUAGCGUCUCAAUCAGCGUGUCUAAACCUGCUGGGAGUGAAAGGAGCGAGCAAAGAGUCGCCGGGGAUGAACGCAAGGAGGCUAGCAACAAUAGUGGCCGGAGCAGUACUAGCAGGAGAGUUAUCUCUAAUGUCAGCAAUUGCAGCUGGACAGCUAGUGAGGAGUCACAUGAAAUACAACAGAUCCAGCCGAGACAUAUCCGGAGGAGCAACGACAACAACAACAGCAACAUGAUGAUAUCAGUAUCUCCUCUGGGCGCAAAAACUCAAAAAGAAAGACAACAAUCCAAAACAAGGCAGGCUUUUUACAACUCAUUUCACUCAGAACUCGCUGGUGGACAAGAUUCAAGCCAUGUGCGUGUGCGUGCACCCCCUCCCCUUUUGUUAAAUAAAAAAAGAAAAGAAAAGAAAAGAAAAAAACUAUUUGUUUUGUUUGUUUGACUUUGAAAUCGUUCUCUCUCUUUUUUGGAUUGAGGAGGAGCAAGAAUGAGAGAUUUUCACACUUUUCUCUCGCUCUCACUGCCUCCUCUUUCUCUCGCUCUCACUGCCUCCUCUUUCUCUCUUUUCUCUCAUGGAUAAUUCGUGUCUCUUUGAUUUGUCUUUGUUUGUUAGGAAGUGGUCUAUAUGAACAAAAAUUGUGUAUGAAGAAGUUACGUUUGGGAACAUUUUGAGAUUUUUCUCUGUUUUGUUUCCUAUCAUUUUUAAAAUUUAUAUACGUUAUAAAAUUUCCCUUUGUGUUGGGGA